ACGCUUGUUACCGCUUGUGUCGCAGGAGCGCCAACACAAAACAGUAAAUGUCAAAAGUCACUAACGUUCUGUCAAAACAUAACCUCUCGGCAAAAAUUGCAAAACAAUGUUUAUUUAAUUUAACCUUGUAUGCAGUGAUUAUCGACAUAAGUUGAACGUUUUGUAGAUUCCAUAGGAUGUCCUCCAAGUUGGAGAUACAAUGGACACCUAUUCCAAAUAAAUUCAUAACAUGGGGGUCUGAAAUCUGCUUGUAUGAAGUCCACCAAGACAGAGACAAUGUUUUCCAAAGUAUUAAGCUCUCAAGUACAACGUCUGCGAACUUAUUGGCAACUAACACUAAUCACCACUAUGUGAAGUGUUUGGACAUUUACCCUAAAUCAGACGCCGAUUUAUUGUUGGCGGUUGGUUUAUCAAACGGGAGGAUUUCGCUAUCGACGUUUGGACCCACAGAGUACGACUCGUUGGGUUUGCCUGGUAAAGAAUUAGUGCCGCGGCAUGCCCGACAGUGUAACACUGUCUGCUGGAACACCAUUGAAACAAGUUGGGUGGCUGCCGGUUUAGAUAAGUACAGAUCCGACAACUCCGUUUUAAUCUGGGACAUAACCAAAUCCUCCCAAAACAAUGACAAUAGUUCAGGAAGACUGGCGGUUAACACAAUGGCCCCCGCCGUAGAACUCGCUAAACCCAUAGCAGAGUUCGGGGUGUCAGAAACCGCUCACAGCAUGGCGUGGUUUAGCAGCAACAGUAAACUGAUUGCAGUUGGUAUGAAUCUAAAAAAUAUCAAAUUUGUGGAUAUCAGAGAUCCGAAUAAAAUCACGAAUUCAACCCUAACUAAGGCGGUUUUUGGGGUUUGUAUGGACCCGAACGACGACAGACAUUUGGCGUCGUUUUUUGAGAACAAUAUUUACGUGUGGGAUACUCGGAAUUUCGAAAAACCGAUUCUGACGUUGCAUCAUAAUAAACCCGUGAUUAAAAUUGCGUGGUGCCCUACAAAGUAUAAUUUGUUGGGGUCGUUGCAAAAGGAGAGUUCUGUUAUCAAUUUGUAUGACAUUCAGCACACUGUUAUUGGAAAUGAGGAGGUCGAGCCGUCUGUUUUGGAAAGGGACGUGGCUCCGGGGUCCCCACAUAAUAUUAUGUCGUUUUCGUGGCACAACACCGACGAAAAUCGAUUCUUGACGAUUGCGUUAUCAGGAACCAUAACCGACUAUACAGUUUUCGACCGAAUUACGUUAAACUGGGCCCCCACUUCCAACGUCGUCUGGACUUACGGGCGAAAAACCAUGAAAUACAUCAACGACUAUCCGCUGCAGGACAUUUCAACGAAAAUCAAACAGAGGGCGCUGGCGGGCUACGGCUUAAAAGCAGAAAUUUACAAAAACGGCGAAAUUGUGGACAACGAAAUGCUAUCAAACGUCUGGAACUGGCUAUACUUGAGUGGAAAACUCGUCGAAGACGGUCUCCUAAACGGCACCCAAUGCAAACACCCGGGAGUCCAAGCCGUGUUAAAACUGGACCCCAGCAACAACAAAUCGGACCACUACUCCCUCUUGUGGUCAGAUCUGGGAAACAAAAACUGUCAGGGUGUCGUGCGAAUUUUCAAGCACGAGGAUCGCGACAAAGCGCUACAUUUGUGUAGUUGGCACUUCGAACGAGACUCAAACAAGUUAACCCAAUUUCUUGAACAACUUGAGAAAGAGCAGGCGUACACAAGAGCCGCCGCUAUAGCCGUUUUCAAUUUAAAAAUCCGUCUAGCGAUUGAUAUUUUAAGUCGGGCGCCGGAAAACGUGUCGUUUGGGUCGAGUUUGAACGUGAUGGCGAUGGCGCUUGCGGGUUUUACGGACGACAAGAGUAGCGUGUGGAAGCAGUUUUGCUCGACCGCUAAACAAAAAUUGUCGGAUCCUUAUCUAAAGGCGAUUUUUAGUUUUCUGACUACGGAAAACUACAAUUAUGAGAGUGUUUUGAAUGAAAGUGGGGUCACGGUCGAUGAUAGGGUGGCGUUCGCUUGUAUGUUCCUUCCAGACAAUCGUUUACAUGAUUAUUUGAAACGAUUGUCGGAUAAGUUGAUUGAGGAGGGUAAUUUGGACGGGCUGUUGCUCACGGGGACCAAUCAAGACGGGAUCCGGCUGCUGCAGCGGUAUUUAGACGCCACUGGAGAUAUUCAGUCGACGGCGCUUAUCGCUGUCCGUGCCUUUCCUGUGGAAAUGUUUUCUGAAACGAUAAAAGAAUGGAUUUCCAGCUACCGCAACCUUCUGGACACGUGGCAACUAUGGAACGAAAGAGCCCACUUUGACAUAAUGUUGAGUACUUACUGGCCGGCGGAUACCGCCCCACAGCAAGUCUACGUUUCGUGUAACUUCUGUGGCAAAAGUAUCUCGGCCUACAUGUACGGCCUUACUAGAGGACGCGGUCCCUUUCCACGUAUCAGUGGCACCGCUAAUAAACUUAAGAUGUCGUCUUGCCCCAACUGUCGCAAACCUUUACCCAGAUGCGCUAUUUGUUUGAUGCAUAUGGGUACCACCACGGGCAGUGGUAGUGGGGGCGACAGUAACAAAAUUAUCGAAUUUCCUAACUGGUUUACGUGGUGCCAGACGUGUAGACACGGAGGGCACGUUUCUCAUAUGACACACUGGUUCGAUGAACAUUCGGAGUGUCCGGUGACCGCUUGCACUUGCAAGUGUUUCUCAGUUGACUCCGUCAGCAACGCCAUUAUUAAGUGAACUGCACUGAUUGUGAUAUUUUAGACUGUUAUAUACAUUUUGGUAACGAAUUGUACUUUAAUAACGAUUUGACAUUUGUACGCGCAGUCGACAUUUUUGUCCGUUUGGGUGUGUUAAUUUGAGUGUUUUUUGACAAGAAUAAAUAUACAUAUUUGAGA